GUCGUUUGGGUUAAAAACAAGAAGAAAUUAUUUACAGUUCAAAGUGGGCUAUGCAUUAUCUAACAAUGGUGGUUGUUGAACAGCCUUACCCAUUAUUCAUUAUUGUAGCAGCCCAAAUAUCAAACUUUCAUCUCGUAACCAAUUCUGCUCAACUACACGUGUUCCCAACGAACUACUUAGUUAACUCAUUUUAAUUGAGUUCCAUUCCCCAAAUCCUCAUCCUCCUAGCUUUCUCCUAAUUCUUUGACUCAGAUAUCAUCGAUUCCGUUGUUUCACUCCAACUCAGCACAGCCUCACUCUUCCUUGCAGCUCGUUGAUUGAUAAAAGUAGAAGAUAGAGGUAAGGGAGGAAAAAUGAAGGCGAGCAAGAGGCCGAUCCACGCAGUGGCUACAUGGAUACGGCGGCAACCGCCGAAAAUCAAGACUUUUUUAGCAGUCGUUUCGGGGAUUGUGGCUUUGGUUUUUCUUCGUAUGGUGGUUCACGAUCACGAUAACCUCUUUGUUGCUUCUGAAGCUGUUCAUGCCGUUGGAAUUUCUGUCUUAAUCUACAAGCUCAUGAAGGAAAAGACUUGCGCUGGACUUUCACUGAAAUCACAGGAGUUGACGGCUCUAUUUCUAGCUGUUAGACUCUAUUGCAGUUUUGUCAUGGAAUAUGACAUACAUACACUACUUGAUUCAGCUACAUUGCUUACAACUCUAUGGGUGAUUUAUAUGAUUCGCUUCAAAUUGAGGUCCAGUUACAUGGAUGACAAAGACAACUUUGCAAUCUACUAUGUGGUGAUACCUUGUGCCGUGCUAUCUUUCCUUAUUCACCCGUCAACACAUCAUCAUAUAUUGAACAGGAUUUGCUGGGCUUUCUGUGUUUAUCUGGAAGCUGUUUCAGUAUUGCCUCAGCUUCGGGUCAUGCAGAACACAAAGAUUGUUGAACCUUUCACAGCACAUUAUGUAUUUGCACUCGGAGUAGCGAGAUUCUUGAAUUGUGCACAUUGGGUGCUGCAGGUGUUGGAUACUCGAGGACGCCUUCUGACAGCACUAGGCUAUGGAUUGUGGCCUCCAAUGGUCCUCCUUUCAGAGGUCGUCCAGACAUUCAUUCUUGCUGAUUUUUGCUAUUACUAUGUCAAGAGUCUGGUCGGUGGACAGCUUGUUCUACGUCUUCCAUCGGGAGUGGUGUAAGCUAAUUCAAUAUGCAGAAGUGCAUCCGCAUAUAUCGAACCAUGGACAGCGUAGCCUGCUUUUUUGAACUUGUGGGAGCACUUUGGAUAGUUUAUACUAGUUAGCCUUUGCAGCCAAUUAGAGUUUAUUGUAAUAGGUGACUAAAAAUCUAGGGUGCAUUGGAUUUUGUUGUUGUCAAAAUUUAGUAAUUUAGUAGAAAUAUUUUGCUGAAGAGUAUCAGUUCCAUUGAUGAUGUGAUAGUGUUUAACUUUUAACUGAGUCUGUUAGUUAUGCUUCUGAUGUCUGUGACAAUAUUUAUCGUCCUAAUCUAUUGAUUUUGAUCAA